AUGUCGAGCGCGACGCUCGUGCACCGGCACGUGUUCGGGCUCAAGGCCAACGUCGCCAACGCAGUUACGUACGUCGACGACCAGAUGGUCGCGUACCCCGCGGGGCACAGCCUCGUGGUCUACGGUAUCGACGACAAGAAGCAAAAGUUCAUCACGUGCACCGAAAACACCGAGGGCAUCACGUCGCUCUCCGUGUGCCCGAGUCGCCGCUUUAUCGCGAUCGCCGAGAAGAGCGAGCGGGGCGUCGUCAGCAUCUACGACCUCAAGACGCUCAAGAAGCGAAAGGUGCUCACGACCUCCGAGAGCCUCAGCAAGAUCUACGUGAGCAUGGAGUUUAGCGCUGACAACCAGCUGCUCUUGACCCAAGGCGGCCCCCCGGACUGGACACUUGUGUGCUGGAACUGGUCCAAAGGCAAAGCUGUCGCGAGUAUGAAGCUCCACAAUGCGGCACCGGCGGGAAACGCGGCCGCAAACCCGAGUGCCAACCCGCAGUACGUGACGCAGUGCUCGUUCUCGAACGUCGACCCGUCGAUCGUGUGCUGCACGGGCAUCAACUUGAUCAAAUUCUUCCGCAUCGUCGACACGGCGUUCCGGCCCAUGCCCAUGGCCCGCGUCGACGCCACCAACCUCCUCUGCCACACGUGGCUCAAGCAAAAAGAGGACGAAGUCGUCGUCGGCACCGCCGCCGGCGACUUGCUCCUCUUUCGCGCCGGUGAGUUUGUGUGCCGGCUCCUCGCGUCGCCCGGCGACUCGCGCAGCAUCGUGUCCAUGGUCUCGACGAGCAAGGGCAUCGUCGUCGGCAGCGACAAGUCGAUGGUGAGCUUGUUCUUGGUCAACAGCGACCGGAACGCGCCGGCGACCGAGAGCUUGACGUUCUCCAAGUCGAUCAAAGUCGAGAGUGCCAUUUCGCGCGUCGUCGGGCUCACUGUGAGUCCGAACGAGGACAUGGUCGUCGCCGCGCUCGCAAGCGCGCAGAUCUACAUAUUCCCGUACCAAAUGAAAGACUCGUUCAAGACCGAGGAAAUCGAAGCGCUCGUGACGCCGUUCCAUCGGCCAGGCGAGAACGGCUACUUGCACGUGACAGGCAUGGACAUUUGCGUGCGCAAGCCGACGAUUGUCACGUGUGGCCUCGACAAGACGGUUCGCGUGUGGAACUACAUCGACCGGACGUGCGAAGUCUACAAGCAGUUUACCGAAGAAGCCCAUAGCGUCUCCAUGCACCCAAGUGGCCUCCAUAUUCUCGUGGGAUUUGCCGACAAGCUGCGGCUCAUGAACGUGCUCAUGGACGACAUUCGCCCGUUCAAGGAGUUUACGAUCAAGGCGUGCCGCGAGUGCCAAUUUAGCACGGGCGGCCAUCUCUUUGCGGCCGUGAACGGCAACACGAUCCAAGUGUUUUCGAUGAACACGUGCGACUUGAUUGCCAACCUCCGCGGCCACAACGGCAAAGUCCGCAGCUUGUACUGGAACUAUGACGACUCGGGCGUCAUCAGCGCCGGCAUGGACGGCGCUGUGUACCAAUGGGACCUCGACGAAGCCAAGCGCGACGGCGAGUUUGUUCAGAAAGGUGUCCCGUACUUUUCGGCCGUCUGCAACCGCGAAGGCACGUCGGUGUUUGCUGUCGGCGCCGACAAGAUGCUCAAGGAGAUCGAGUUUCCCGCCUCGACGCUCUCGAAAGAGUUUAACGCGGAAGUGACACUCGGGCAGAUCGUGCUCUCCAACUCGCAGCGGAUGCUGUUUGCGGGGGCCGUCGAGCCCGACAAACUCGGCACCGUUCGAUCGUACAAAUUUCCGCUCACGGGCGAAUUUACCGAAUUCCAGUGCCUCAGCGGUCCCAUCACGCGCAUGCGCAUCUCGUUCGACGACUUGUACCUGCUCGUGUGUGGCGAAGACGGCGUCGUGUGCAUUUUCGAGAUCCGCGACAAGGAAGGUCGCGCGCGGGCCAAGGACGGCCGUGAAAACACAGUGUUUGCCGAAGAGAUCCUCGUCACCAAGAGCGACCUUGAAGAGAAGAACACGUCGAUGGUCGAGCUCAAAAACAAAACAUGA